AUGGCGAAAGACACGAAGAAGAAGAAAGCCGAAAAGAAGAUUCGGGUGGCGCAAAAACAGGAGAAAAAGACCAAAUCGAAAGAGAAGAAGCAGAGCAAAAAGCCCAAAGGCGACGACGACAGCGAUGCCGAUGAUGCAGACUUAGAUGCGAUACUGGCCGAGUAUCAGAAGAAGCAGGAGUCGUUCCUCAAGGUGACAGAGGAGAUUUGUGAUCCUCCAUCACCACGUUCGUUCGCUACGCUCGUUGCAUCACCAAGCAAUGACUCCGAGCUGUUCUUGUUCGGGGGCGAGUACUACAAUGGUGGCCUUGCCACAUUCUUCAACGACCUGCUGGUGUACAAGAUCAACAACGACACAUGGCGGAAGGUUACGAGCCCGAAUUCUCCCUUGCCUAGAUCAGGACAGGUAAGUAUUCAAACUACUACACUCGAGCUCUCUAAACUGACCACUGCUGCAACACAAGGCGGCAACGCGGGCGGCAUAUACCUCUUCGGUGGGGAGUUCUCUAGCCCCAAGCAGGGCACAUUCUACCACUACAACGACCUCUGGAGAUUGGAGCCAAGCACAAGAGAAUGGACGAAGGUGGAAGGCAAGGGUGGACCACCCGCGCGUAGUGGGCAUCGUAUGACAUACUUUAAGCAGUAUAUCAUUCUGUACGGAGGCUUCCAGGAUACGAGCCAGCAGACGAAGUAUCUCCAGGAUGUCUGGCUUUACGACACCCAACGCUUUGUUUGGCACUCGCCCAGCUUCCCACCAGCCUCGCAGAAACCGGACGCUCGGUCUUCGUUCUCCCUUUUGCCGCAUGAGUCGGGAGCUGUCAUCUACGGUGGCUACUCUCGCGUCAAAGCUACAACUAAUGCUGCGAAGGCAACGAAAGGCAGCAGGCCUGGUACGAAGGUCACCAUGAAGCCAGUCAUCCACCAAGACACGUGGUUCCUCCGCAUAACGCCACCAGCGGCAGAUGCUCCGGCGAAUGCAGCUCCCACAGUCCGCUGGGAACGGAGGAAGCGGCCUGCAAAUGCUCCCAAUCCUCCGAGAGCUGGAGCAACUCAAGCGCACCACAAAGGCCGUGGCAUCUGCUUUGGUGGCGUGCACGAUGUCGAGGACAGUGAUGAAGGUAUUGAAAGCGAGUUCUUCAAUCAGCUCUUUGCAUACAAUAUCGACCGAAACCGGUUUUUCCAACUUUCACUGCGGCGACCGCGAACUUCUGCGAAGAAAGCAAUCCCAGUCAGUGAACGUAGGCGAGGAAGAGGCAAAGCAGACGAAGAAGAGCUGCUGCGAAACUUGGCUCUUAUCGAGAACAAAGGUUCACUUGGUGAGGCCGGUGAAGUCGCUGAAACUCCUGAAGAGACCAAAGCCGAGGACGAAGAAGAGGCGAAGGUCGAAAAGCCGGUCCUGUGGGAGAUGCCGCUCCCUCGACAUGGUGCUCAACUUGCAGUUCAAGAUGACGUUCUGUACAUCUACGGAGGCACUCUCGAAAAGGGAGAUCGCGAGUUCACCUUCGAUGAAAUGUGGGCCAUCGACCUAGGCAAGCUGGACGGGGUCAAGGAGAUGUUCAGACGAGAGCUGGAGGAUUGGGAAGGCACGGAAGACGGAGAGAGCGAAGACGAGGAAGACGAAGAAGGCAGCUCGGAGGAUAGUGAGGGCGAUGAAGAUGAACCAGAGCCCAGCACACGUGGUACUUCUGUGGCUGCUGACGACCUGAUGGAAGAGAGACCUGCGGAAGCGGAAAACCAGCAGGGAGAUGCAAACGAGCCGGAGACGCCCGCGGCCAAAGACGACUUGCCUCAUCCGCGACCCUUCGAGGCGCUGCGGGACUUCUUCACGCGGACAUCCCUCGAAUGGCAAAACAUCGUGUUAGAGAAGAUGAAAUACGAGCGAGAUUCUGGCGAUCAGUCUGUGAAGGAGAUUCGCAAGCGUGCAUUCAGCAAUGCGGAGCAGAAAUGGUGGGACUGCCGUGAAGAGAUUCAAGCGUUGGAAGACGAGCAGGAAGCAGCUGGGAUCAGUGAGGUCGUUGCUCUUGACCAGAGAGGAGGAGAAGGGGCUGCUGGAAGGAGGAGAUGA